GUCGCCCAUUAUCUCUCUAUAUAUGCAGGACGGUGCCCUAUGAUAUAACCGUGUCAUCGCCCAUUCUCUCUCUAUAAGCAGGACGGUGCCCUAGGGUUCGGGGGAGAGAAAACAAGAGAGAGAGAGAUGGCUAUGUUAAAGGCUAAGGAGAUCGUUUCCACCAAUCCAGUCGUCGUCUUCAGUAAAUCGUAUUGUCCGUACUGCGUGAGCGUGAAGAAGUUGCUCACAGAGGUUGGAGCCACUUUCAAGGCUAUUGAGUUGGAUACUGAAAGCGAUGGAAGUGAGGUACAGUCGGCAUUGCGAGAGUGGACUGGACAGCGGACCGUGCCAAAUGUGUUCAUUGGUGGCAAUCACAUUGGGGGCUGUGACGCAACAACUGGUAUGCACAAUCAAGGAAAGCUCGUCCCUUUGCUAACCCAGGCUGGAGCUGUUGCGGGUGGAGCUGUUGCGGCUGGAGCUGUUGCCAAAUCGUCUUCCGCCUCUUAAAUGAGUCAAGUUAUCUGCUUCAAGUUGUCUGCUUUGAUGACUGUAGUAAAUGAUAUAUAAUAAAUGAACAUCUGAGGUUUAUCAUUUUAUGCUGUUUCUGUCUGUUAUGUCUUACUGUGUUCUAAGCUCAUAAACUAAUUGCCUACUUGAUAAAAUAAAAUAAAAAAAUUUGUCUA